AUGAGGUCCAAUGGCACUGCAGCAUUGCUAAAUGCCUUCCAGGGACUGAGAAUUUCCGCAUCCACGCCUUUGCGACAACUGAGGGCCCCCAUCCAGCGCCAGUCCAAGGUCCUCGGCGCCGCUCAGCUGCUUCAGAAUGGCAGAGCCUUUUCCACAAGCCCCGCCAUGAUGGGCACAUGGCUCGAACCCAGCCUGAACCGAAAAAAGAAAAUGGCCAAGGGCCGACCCCGAGUAGCGACUGGAGGGUCAACGAAGGGCACGACUGUCAUUUGGGGCGACUACGGACUGCGAAUGGUGGACCAUCACCGAAGAAUCAGCGCCAAGUCGCUAAAGAUGGCAGAAGAUACGAUUAAAGUGCGACUUCGAGGAGAGAAAUACCGCCUUUACAAGAGGAAAUGCUGCAAUGUUGGCGUUUACGUCAGCGGUAACGAGAUGCGUAUGGGAAAAGGAAAAGGUUCAUUCGACCACUGGGCUACGAGAAUGGCAGUCAGCCAAGUUUUGUUUGAGAUCAAAGGCCGAAUCCACGAGCAAAUUGUUCGAGACGCCUUCCGGCUGGCUGGCAACAAGCUUCCAGGCCAGUGGGAAUUUGUGAAGAAGGGAGAUGCUCCUGUUGUUGGAAUCACCAAGCUGGAUGGUGUGACGCUGGAGGAUCUGAAGAGACCCAGGAAGCAAGUUGUCCCUCAAGAGCUCCUUGAGGCAUCGCCCUCUACAACAGCCACAGAGGCCGGAAGCCCAUCGGCAUCCUCUGGAUCUUCAUGA